AUGGAGACUACACUCGAGAAAGAGCGAAAAGAACUCAUGGAACAAUUCCAAAAGACACAGGACCUGAUGCGAAAGGUCCAAGGGCGAAAGAGAGACCUUUACAAGGAGAAGUCGGACAUAUACAAGAAAAAUGCCGAGGAACUACAAGAAAAGCUCGAGGCAGAGCGUAGUGUCGCCGAGCACUGGGCGGCCAAGGAACGAGAAUACACCAAGAAGCUUGAGAGAUCAUCAGCAACAUCUUCUGCAAUCUCGCCUCCUCCGGAACAGGACUCCGCAAGUCCAUCAAAGCGACGACGAAUUGACGGGUCUGGGGAGUGA